CAAUCAAUAAACAGAGAAUACUCACUCUCAAACUCUCACAAAUCCCUCUCAAUACGCCGCUUCCCUCCUCCCUCCGAAACUCGAAUCAAGCAGCGGAAUCUCCAGAUCUCGUGGCCUGAUGACGACGGCGGGGGAGGUGGACGCGGCGGCGGCCGCGGGCGGCGAGGAGCUGGAGCCGCUCUUCGAUUACAAGCGCGUGCAGCCCGCAAUGACCUUCCGCUUCGACGACAGCGACCUGGAGAAGGCGGACAUCUUCAAGCACUGCAACAAGCGCUCCAAGGUGGACGCCGCCGAGGGGGAUAAGGCUGACGAAAAGGCCGCCAAGGUGGUGAAUGUCGACGAGGAGGAUUGGCUGCUGCCACCGCCGCCGAAGCCCGCGUUCAGGGCCACUGCAGACGAGGACAGCGCAUUGCGGGAACUGAGAUUAAAGAAACAAGAGUUGGCAAAAUUUGCUGAAUCAGCUCAGGAAAUAUUGCAAAAGUUGGAUGAAACUGCCAAGAAUGAAGUUGGGGCCAAGGAACCACCUGAACAAAUAAUUCUAGAGGAAUCUGAACCGCAAGUGGAGAAAGCGAGGGAAAAGAUAAUCAUAUCAAUUCAGGACAAGGAUGGGCAGCAACAGAUACGUGUGUAUAAGGAUGACAAGUUCGACAAGCUUUUCAAGGCGUACGCCAAGAAGGCCAAACUCAACCCAUCCGAUCUGACUUUCGUAUUUGAUGGCGACAAAAUCAACCCAUCAAGUACACCCGAGGACCUUGAUCUGGAGGACGAUGACAUGAUUGAGGUGCGCCAUAAGGGACGCAAGGAAUAGGGACUGCUGGACGCCAUAAGUUCGAUAUUCGGACAGUAAAUCUUGAACCGGAACUUUGGAAAAUGCAUGCAAUCAGAUCCUAUCUCAACCCUGAAGAAAUUUCAGCAUCAAGAAAACCUACUGGCUAAAGCCUAUUGUAAUUGUGAAGUUUUCGUGAGUGUUACAAAAUCUAGAUUCUAAUGACCCAUUUCUCAA